GGGUGUGGCAUGCAUUAAAAUUAAACGUCAGUGACCUGAUGAAGCUUAUAAAAUAACUUCAGAGAGGCUAGUUACCAAUACAAGGCAUCUCAAAUUCGGUGAUUUUGCAUGUGGAAACUGUCUUCAUCUUGAUAACAAAGUUCCAGGUUCCAUCCCCAGACCCCCCGCCUCAAGAUGGUGAAGGCGCUGCUGCUGCUGCUGCUGCUUCCCGCACUGGCGGGCCUCUUCGGUGCCGCAGAGGGACAAGCCUUCCAUCUUGGGAAGUGCCCGACUCCUCCUGUGCAGGAGAAUUUUGACGUGAAUAAGUAUCUUGGAAGAUGGUAUGAAAUUGAGAAGAUCCCAGUGAGCUUUGAGAAGGGAAGCUGCAUCCAAGCCAACUACUCACUAAUGGAAAACGGAAACAUCAAAGUGAUAAACCAGGAGCUGAGAUCUGAUGGAACUGUGAAUCAAAUUGAAGGUGAAGCCUCCCAGGUCAACCUCACAGAGCCUGCCAAGUUGGGAGUGAAGUUUUUUUGGUUGAUGCCUUCGGCUCCGUACUGGGUCCUAGCCACUGACUACGAGAACUACGCCCUCGUGUACUCCUGUACCACAAUCGUCUGGCUGUUUCACGUAGAUCAUGUUUGGAUCUUGGGAAGAAACCCUUAUCUGCCUCCAGAAACAGUGACCCAGCUCAAAGAUAUCCUGAUCUCUAAUAACAUUGACAUUGAGAAAAUGACUAUCACAGAUCAGGGGAACUGCCCCGAGUUCCAGUAACGAGGCUCCAAAGGAGGCUGCAUUCGCCCCAUGUUCCUUCUUUUGCUUUGCUUUUUCCCCACCCCACUCCACCUCUCAUAACAACAAGCCAACCCACCAUGGCAAACCGUUGCAAAUACAGAAGGGAAAUUUGAAGCAGAAGACUGCAGAGAAGAACUCAAGGAAAGUUGGUCCAAUACUUAGCCGUACACCACCUGUUACCUAACAAUAAAUGUUUGCUGUCCUGCUGUGCUCACAGUAAAUUCUGAAUUGGA